UGGAGCGUCGCCGUCUUCCCCGACGGCCGGCGCGUCGUCUCCGGGUCGGACUCGGACGACGGGACGGUGAAGGUGUGGGACGCGGCCACGGGCGAGUGCGUCGCGACGCUGGCCGGGCAUUCGAAGGGGGUCUGGAGCGUCGCCGUCUUCCCCGACGGCCGACGCGUCGUCUCCGGGUCGGAGGACAACACGGUCAAGGUCUGGGACGCGGCCACGGGCGAGUGCGUCGCGACGCUGGCCGGGCAUUCGAAUGACGUCUUCGCCGUCGCCGUGUUCCCCGACGGCCGGCGCGUCGUCUCCGGGGCGGACGACAACACGGUCAAGGUGUGGGACACGGCCACGGGCGAGUGCGUCGCGACGCUGGCCGGGCAUUCGAAUCGGGUCACAAGCGUCGCCGUCUUCCCCGACGGCCGGCGCGUCGUCUCCGGGUCGAACGACGUCACGGUCAAGGUGUGGGACGCGGCCACGGGCGAGUGCGUCGCGACGCUCGCCGGGCAUUCGCCCAGAAGAUUUGGGUUAGGGGCGGUCCACUGCGUCGCCGUCUUCCCCGACGGCCGGCACGUCGUCUCCGGGGCGGGCGACGCGAUGGUCAAGGUGUGGGACGCGGCCACGGGCAAGUGCGUCGCGACGCUGGCCGGGCAUUCGGAGCGGGUCAACAGCGUCGCCGUCUUCUUCAACGGCCGGCGCGUCGUCUCCGGGUCGGACGACGGGACGGUGAAGGUGUGGGACGCGGCCACGGGCGAGUGCGUCGCGACGCUGGGGCAAUCGGAUUGCGUCAGCAGCGUCGCCGUCUUCCCCGACGGCCGGCGCGUCGUCUCCGGGUCGAGCGACAAGACGGUCAAGGUGUGGGACGCGGCCACGGGCGAGUGCGUCGCGACGCUGGCUGGGCAUUCGGGGGAGGUCAAGAGCGUCGCCGUCUUCCCCGACGGCCGGCGCGUCGUCUCCGGGUCGAAGGACGAGACUGUCAAGGUGUGGGACGUGGCCACGGGCGAGUGCGUCGCGACGCUGGCCGGGCAUUCGGGGACGGUGUGGCGCGGCGUCAAGAGCGUCGCCGUCUUCCCCGACGGCCGGCGCGUCGUCUCCGGGUCGUACGACGAAACGGUCAAGGUGUGGGACGCGGCCACGGGCGAGUGUGUCGCGACGCUGGCCGGGCAUUCGAAUACCGUCAAGAGCGUCGCCGUCUUCCCCGACGGGCGGCGCGUCGUCUCCGGGGCGGACGACGAGACGGUCAAGGUCUGGGACGCGGCCACGGGCGAGUGUGUCGCGACGCUGGCCGGGCAUUCGAAUACCGUCACAAGCGUCGCCGUCUUCCCCGACGGCCGGCGCGUCGUCUCCGCGUCGUCCGACAACACGGUCAAGGUCUGGGACGCGGCCACGGGCGAGUGCGUCGCGACGCUGUGCGGACAUGAGAAAACGGUCACAAGCGUCGCCGUCUUCCCCGACGGCCGGCGCGUCGUCUCCGGGUCGGACGACAAGAAGGUCAAGGUCUGGGACGCGGCCACGGGCGAGUGCGUCGCGACGCUGUCCGGGACUUCGUAUGCAGUCGACGGCGUCGCCGUCUUCCCCGACGGCCGGCGCGUCGUCUCCGGGUCGUUCGACAACACGGUCAAGGUGUGGGGCUGA